AUGUCUCCCGCAUUCGCCGCCCGCACUGCCGCCCGCAUGGCUGUCCAGCGCAGACAAUUCUCUCUCCUCACCAACAUGCGCAACGUUGCCCGCCAAUUUGAGCCUCAUCCCUUCCAGAGGAUGCCCCAGACUGGCGUCCAGGCCAAGCCCUACUACGGUGCCAUGCUUAAGAGACGUGCCGUCACGGCCACAAUGUUCUUCCCUCUCUUCACCUUCGUCCUUGGCUGGCCCUACCUCACCAAGGUGGCGCUCGACGGCCACAUCUGA